AUGUCGGAGUCCAACUUUCUUCGCACCCUGGAGUUGGGCAUCCAGUUCGGAAAGUGGAUUCUGCCCCGUGCCCAGAGCUUCGGAAGUUGUUGCACAGUGGGUGAUGUUUUUGAUUACGGCAACAUCCGGCAGCCAAACAAGCCAACAUCUAAGAACCUUCUUCGUAACAUCCUCAAGGAGGCAGCAGCAGCUGGUGCUCCGCAAGCUGGAGCGGAAAUGUGGCUGGAGAAUAUUGGGCUUUCCCUGGACCCGGCACUGGAGCCCAUUUUGCAACAGCAGAAGGUGCGAGACGGGUCUGGCUUCACCAUCAAGCUGGGCGAUAAGUCCAUCACCUAUGCCGACACCUUCAAGUUUUUCAUGACAACGACCUUGCCCAACCCACACUACUCACCGGAGACUUCCGUCAAGGUCACGCUGCUCAACUUCGCCAUCACGCCAACUGGCUUGGAGGACCAGAUGUUGGGCAUCGUGGUCGCGAAGGAGCGACCUGAUCUCGAGGAGCAGAAAAGCCAACUCGUCAAAGACAAUGCGAAGAUGAAUAAGCAGUUGAAAGAGAUUGAGGAUGAGAUCCUCCAUCUCCUUUCUGCCAGCGAGGGCGACGUGCUGGACGACGACACCUUGGUCGACAAAGUGACGGCCUCUAAGCAAGUGUCUCUCGAGAUCGGAGAGAAGCAGGAGGUCGCAAAGGUCACCGAGGUGGACAUCGACAAUGCCCGUGAGCACGCAAUGAGGGGGGCAAAGCAGACUGCGCCGAGGAUCUCCAACCAGCGCGACCUAGAGAAGCGGGUGAACAUAGGUCGGCAGGGUGCUUUCUUCGGCACCCUCGACACUUAUUCUCACUGUCGGCUUGGCCUCACAGACACGAAGGAGUUCUUAUCUGGGAAGCUCGGGAAGGCGAAAGCAAAGGCUGCUUUGGAUGAGGAAGCUCAAAUUGUGGCCGUGGAGUGCAGUGUCGAUGGUCAGGGCCAGAGGCUCUUGUGCACAACUUCGAAGCAAAGCACUUAUACCUUCGAGAUUCCAUGUACAGGAGCUCCACAGGAUCAACCAGUGAAACGGGUUGAGGCAUCUGCGGGGAAGCAGAUCAGCCAUCUGACGUUCAAGGACUGGAAGCUUGAGUCGGCCAAGGUCUGCGAAUUAGAGGUAAGUCUGCAAGAGGCGACAUCUCUGGUAAGUGACAUUGAAGAGCGAGUGCAGGGCAAAAUCUCAGAGCUGAAGUCGGAGGCUGGGCAGGAAGACGAUGCAUCUUCAGGGGAAGGCGGGGAAGAUGAGCUUCGCGACCUGCAGCUUCGCAUGCAAAAGGCAAAGCAUUGCCUCACCGAAGGCUUGCAGGAGCGCGCUGUAGAGGCAAGACUCCUUUUGCUGGCUUUUCUUGGCAGUGAGAACGUCCUUUUCCUGGGUCCUCCGGGCACCGCGAAGAGCCUUCUGGCUCGGCGCAUGGCUCGCGUUUGUGGUGGCCAGUACUUUGAGCGUCUCUUGACACGCUUCUCCGUACCUGAGGAAGUCUUUGGACCGUUGUCCUUGAAAGCCUUGGAGAAUGACAAGCUGAAGCGCAACGUGGAUGGCUUUCUGCCCGAUGCGGAUGUGGCCUUUCUCGACGAGGUGUUCAAGGCGAACUCUGCGAUCUUGAACUGCCUGCUGACUUUGUUGAAUGAGCGGGUUUUCGACAAUGGUGACACGCGAAUCGAGGUGCCACUGAAGUGUGUUGUUGCGGCCUCCAAUGAGCUGUUCGAGGGAGAUGAGCUGGCAGCUCUGCACGACCGCUUCCUCCUGAGACACCUGGUCUCUCCUAUGACGCGUGGAGCAGCAGCUGCCUUCCUCCAGGACUUACUGGCACGUCCUUCAGUGCCCGACGAGCCUUUUGACCUCGACACCGACAGCGAGGAAGCAAUCCUCACGGAGGAGCAUAUCAAAAUCGCCCAAAGACUGGCCAGUAAAGUUACUUUUCCGGAUGACUUGCAGGAGAUUAUGAUCGACCUUCGGGAUUUCAUGGCCGAGAACGACUGCGUGAUCUCGGAUCGCAGGCUGGCAAAGGCCGCUCUGCUCAUCCGUCUGGCAGCCUGCACUGCCGGUGCUACGACUGUGUCGGAGUCGGAUCUCAUGCUGCUGCAGUAUAUGUUCUGGGAGAAGGAGAAAGACCAGAUCGAUGCCAUCAAGCGCUUUUUGCUGGAGCGCGUAAAGGGCCGGCGUACGGCAGGCUCCAGCGCGACCGAUCUCGAUGCCAUGACGCACAUGUUGACCAUGGUCAAAUUCAAGAUGGGCCCUGCCAUGCGCAUGCCUCAGAGCCCGCAGUUUGCCCAAGCCGAGCAGGCGGCAACAACCUUGGUACAGGCCACGAUUGACUGCUACCGCUCCGAGACACAGGCUCAGCGGCGGAGAAGUCUCGAGUCUGACAAAGCUUCCGGCAGCGAUGCAGCCAAGGACUUUCGCAACUUCUGGGUGGACGAGGGAGAUUCGCUCUCGGUUGAGGGUGAAGAAAGCAAGCCCAUGGACCUGAACGCAUUGGAGGCUCUCUUGCAGUCCGCUUGGGAGCUCGACCUUGCCUUGCAGUUGUCGGAAGAGAGAAGGAAAGCCUCCUUGGCCAUCCUAAUCGGAGGGCCGGAGGUGGUCAUGGCGAAGUGA